AUGACCCUGCAGUGUACCAAGUCAGCCGGACACUGGCGGAUGGUGGUGUGGGAUGAAGAGGGCUUCCAGGGCCGUCGGCAUGAGUUCACAGCUGAGUGUCCCAGUGUGCUGGAGCUUGGCUUUGAGACUGUGCGGUCUUUGAAAGUCCUGAGUGGAGCGUGGGUGGGCUUCGAGCAUGCUGGCUUCCAAGGGCAACAGUACGUGCUGGAGAGGGGCGAGUACCCGGCCUGGGAUGCCUGGAGUGGCAACACAGCCUACCCUGCGGAGAGGCUUACCUCCUUCCGGCCUGUGGCCUGUGCUAACCACCGUGACUCAAGACUGACCAUCUUUGAACAGGAGAACUUCCUCGGCAGGAAAGGCGAACUGAGCGAUGACUACCCCUCUCUGCAGGCCAUGGGCUGGGACGGCACUGAAGUGGGAUCCUUCCAUGUUCAAUCUGGGGCGUGGGUUUGUUCCCAGUUUCCCGGCUACCGAGGUUUUCAGUAUGUACUGGAGAGUGAUCACCACUCGGGUGACUACAAGCACUUCAGGGAGUGGGGCUCCCACGCCCACACCUUCCAGGUGCAGAGUGUGCGCAGGAUCCAGCAGUGA